AUGGCGCCAAACUUUUGUGCGGGUAAUUCUGCCGCACCCUGUAUUCGAAUAAACCACCAUUUUCAGGAGUCAAUACUCGAAAGCAGUUUUCCGUUGACAGUACUCCCAUUGAAGUUCGGAGUGAAAAACGAAUCGAGAAUCUAUUAUUCGGAUAAGAGUGUUCUUGAUAGUUUCAAAUAUUAUGGAUACACUUUGUCCGAUUUAUCAAUUCCAUCACCGUUUGGUCUUGCAACUCCAGAUAUCGACUGUGAAGUUAUUGAUACUUUAUGUCCACAAAUGAUUCAAGUAUUUCAUGUUAGUGUCAAUGGAUCACCUCGUUUAGUUAGUUGGAAUGAUUUGAAAGAAAAUGAAACAAUGGAAAUAAUCGAUGAAGCUGGAUAUGUUGGAUCAUGGCCUGGUUAUUGUGGAACUUCGAAUGGAGCACUUGUUGAAAUGUUCUCUCCACUUUUGAAAGAAUUUCAAUAUGCGACAACGAAUGAAGACAUUUUGAAAGCGAGAUGGAAUGAGGAUCGCCAUUUCUGGCAUCCGACAAAAGUUAUCGGAUAUUUAUUCAAUGCGACUGAUCCGAUUAGAACAGUAAACUAUCCAUUCAAUGCAAUUCGACCAUUAGAUAACGUGGUCUUUAACAAAAUUCUUCUGAGACUUCGUCCGAUUAUUCGAGCAAAGGAUUCAAAUGGUUUGGUUGCUUUCACCACAUCACUCAAGGAGAAUGAUUAUUUGAAACUAUACAAAUUCGACAAAGUUUUCAAUAUUUCUCUGAUUGAUCAAAUGACAAAUGUACCCGUUAUUUCGGAUGCUUGUGGUAAAAUGAUGUUGAUUUAUGAGUUUUCCAAUCCAAUAACGAGAACGUAUCGACUGAAAUUAAGGGACAGUGAUCCGAAUGAAGAAAUGGUCAAAAGAGCUGGAUACGUAUUUCGAGAGGAAUCGUCUGCUCGUCGGUGUCUCGGAGAUAUCCAACCAAUUUACGAGUUCCAAAAUCCAGACAAACAAUCAGAUAUUCAUUACGUUUCAACCCCUGAAGAAAUCAACGAAUACAAUGUUACUAAGAGAUGGACUAAUCUUGGUUUGAUGGGAUUCAGUAGUUGGGGUAAUUUUGCGUUUGCAAAGCGUUGA